AAAUAUACACACAAUAACUUCAAUUUGUGUACAACUUUAAAUAAGCGUCUACAUGUGUGACAUAUGCUACUUUAUCCACAGCAUUCCUUGACAAUACUGAGAAAUAAUCCGCUUAAAUUUAGACCAUUUAGUUAGGCUACUUAACGGGUCCUUUAAGACACGAGUAAACAGGUUUGGCAGGUGUAUCGGAAGUGUACACUUCCAACGUAGCUUAUUUUACCUGCGCCAGGUAAGAGUGCUUAAAACUCAACUUGAAACUUCGUGAAGUCUUCGAACCUGGUGAAAACAACCCGUUUGUGAUAAAAUGAAUAAUCCGAUUCCUGCUAACCUGAAGUCCGAGGCCAAGAAGGCAGCUAAAAUACUCAGAGAGUUCACCGAAAUAUCCAACAGAAUGGGGCCUGACAAACUUAUUCCAGCCCAUGUCAUUGCAAAGGCUGAGGGACUGGCUAUCCUGUCAGUCUUCAAAGCGGGUUUCAUGAUUACUGCAAGGGGUGGCAGUGGGAUAGUGAUCGCAAGGCUUGCUGAUGGAAGAUGGUCUGCUCCUUCAGCCAUUGGUAUUGCUGGUCUUGGUGGUGGAUUUGAGAUCGGUCUUGAGACAUCAGAUUUUGUCAUCAUCUUGAAUCAGAGAAAAGCUGUGGAUGCUUUCAGUAAAGGGGGCAAUCUCACACUUGGAGGAAACUUCACUGUGGCUGUUGGCCCUCUUGGCAGGAAUUUGGAGGCAGAUGUGGCAUUUCGCAGUACAGCGGCUGUCUACUCGUACUGCAAAUCUCGUGGCCUCUAUGCUGGCGUGUCCCUCGUAGGUUCUUACCUCAUUGAACGCAAGGAAGCCAACCGAAAGUUCUAUGGUCAAGACAUUCGUGCUUCUGCAAUUCUCAGUGGAGAUGUGGAACCUCCACCUGAGGCACACGACUUGUACACCAUUUUGAAGGACUACACUGAGAAAUACACCACCGAGUGGCAGAACAAAAACAUGCGCGCAAGCAAGAUGAGUUCAGCACCAGCUAGACCAAAGCCUCCCACACAGAGAGCUGCCUCCUUUUACACACCCAGAACAGAGGCAUUCACUGCUGCGAAGCCAGCUCUCUAUCCAAGCUUAGACUUGAACUGGGAUACUGCAAGCUCAGCACAGGUGUAUUCCAGGAUGACAAUGCCAAGAUUCAUCGGGCUCAAACUGUGAAAGUGUGGUUCAUGGAGCAUGAGGAAUCAUUUUCACACAUUAAUUGGCCAACACAGAGUCCUGACCUUAACCCCAUUGAAAGUCUUUGAGAAGACUUUACGGAGUGGUUCAACUCUCCCAUCGUCAAUACAAGAUCUCGUCCAAACAUUUAUGCAACUCUGGAUGGAAAUAAAUGUUGUGACGUUACAUAAGGUUGUCGAAACAAUGCCAUGACGAAUCUGCACUGUAAUCAAAGUUUAGCUUCCAAUGAAAUAUUAGAGUAUGCAACUUUCCUUUGGCCAGGCAGCAUAUAUAUAUAUAUAUAUAUAUAUAUUAAUCUGCAUUAUCUGUCGACAGAGUCAUCAUGUUACUGUAGUCAAAAAAGGCUUCCAUGUUUUAUGAAAAGCUUUGAGAGAGAUCCUUAGCUGAACAAAGUUUUUAGUAGAAUCUCAAUUACUCAAGAGUGUUUGUCAAUUGUUAAUCAACUUUCUUUUUUUCAUUUGCAUUCCACUAUUACCAAGUUUUGUAAGUGCCAGUGAUUUAUGUAUGAUUACUCCAGUCUGGAUUUGGUCACAAUAUACCUGGUAUGACUUAAGUAAAGGCUCCAUUCUGAGAUUUAUAGAGAUGGCAGGCUCACCUCCCUGUCAUGAGCUGCCACUUUUUUAGAUAUUGCGUGUGCAAGUUGAAAACUGCAUAGAUCAAAUGUCACCACUCUGCCAAAAUACACAGCCCUUACAGAUCUGAAGAAACUCUCUGGAUUGUAUUGCUGUCUAACGGCCGGCUUGUCAUGUCUUGCACUAGUGGUAGCGGGAAUGAACAUUAUGUUGUAUGGUUGCAGUUAUUUUAGGAUACAAGUCAAAAGCAUUUAGUGUGAAAAACGGCUCGACUGGAGCUUUUGGCAAUGCCCGAGGUUUAUUUGGAGUCUGGAGAUUUCAGAGCAGGUGCCAACAGCGUGAAGCGCAUUCCUCCUAUGUCUGAUUUUCUUGCACCUCACUUAUUUGUCUUCACUCCUGCAACCCCUCGCCACCGGUUUACCCCCCAUCCACCCAGCAAACCACGCCACACUUGACAUUGCAUCCUUCACUGCUACUCAAUGUAAACAGCUCAGUACCAGUGCAUGUCUAAUACCAUUCUGCUUCUAUUGGCCCAUAAAUGAAAGAGGCUACGCAUACCUACCCAUACCCACUGCAUUAUUUAGUUUACGUUUUUCGACCGGGUAUAUUUUAGUGAUUCUAUAUGGUACAAUUGAGAGUAAACCUAUUACAGCCGUUAUUCAAUGUGAUGGACUGUAUUCACUCUGUGAAAUAAAUGUACAGCACUUUGUUUACACAUACAUUAAUUUCCUAGACACUUUUAAAGUAUGGAAUAUACCCAGAUUAUUGUCCUUGAAUUGUGUUAAAGUACAUUUGUUCUAGUUCAUUAGCUAUCAAUGUGUUAAGUCACAUGGUUUCAGUAAUUGAAGGUUUAUAUUUUGCUGUUUAUUUGCCUGACAGGAAAAAAAAUAAUAAUUACAUAGUUGUUUAAGGUGUUGAUGGACAGAUAAAGAAAGGGGUUUUGCCCCUGGCUGACAGAUCCUAUCUACAGAUGUUAAUACCAUGCGCCACCAUCUAUUAGAGUAAGUGCAGAAACGUUUUGUGGUAUGUGCAAUACAACACUGUAUCAGAGAGAGAGAGAGAGAGAAUCAAUUGAGGCAAAACCUAGGCCAAACUGAUUUUAAGAGUGCAUAUGCUGCUCUCUAGUGUUGUUAAAUUGGUAUGAACAUUUUAUAAAUAAUUAUAGGUAUUGCUGAUGUGUUGGUGACUAUAGUGAGUUUUAAUAUUAGGCUGUGCUUGCAUAUUUAUUCAUGGUCAUGUUGACAUGGUAUCACCACUCUAAGCAUGUCUAACAUUUAUACUAUAAGCAGGGCCGUAGUGAGGUAAUCUGGGCCCCCUGAAUACAUAUUGCUCUGGGCCCCUUUCCUAUUAAAAAAUACAGAUUUUAGAAUAUACUACUAAAAUAUUUAUUAAUGCUCAUGCUGAAAUUGUAAUAAGCAUUAAAGCACUAAGAAUGUUCAACCGUUAUACUGUAAGACUAGAAAACAAAUAAACAUCAAUAAACCAUUUAUUAAUAUGCUUUUAUAGGUUUUCAGCAAUGCUAUGUUUGUUUUUAGUAUUUUUGAUAUUUGAUAUUUUAUGUAGUUCGUUUUAAUAUCUUAAAUAAUGAAAGCUAUGUUUUGUGUUUUGGUAAACAUGAUUUACUGUAUUAGGUCUGAAAUUACCAUUAUGAUGAUAUUUGAUAUAUGGUAAUUAGAAUUACACCUUCAAAGUGCUCCAAAUAGCUAAUUUGCUUUGCAAAGGCAAAACGCAGCAACUACUAUUUUAUUUUAUUUUUUUAAAUAAAAAGGAUUUUUACAGGUUGUUCAGUUUACUAAAUUAAAAGGAACUAAAGCAACACAAUUCUAGAACGCUUUGUCACAACUUGAUUAAAAUUUUUAAAAAUUUAAGUUUACUUAAAGGAAUAUUCCGGGUUCAAUACAAGUUAAGCUCAUUCGACAGCAUUUGUGGCAUAAUGUUGAUCACCACAAAAAUAAGUUUCGACUUGUCCCUCCUUUUCUUAAAAAAAAAAAUAAAUAAUAAAAAGCAAAAAUGUAAUUUACAGUGAGGCACUUACAGUGGGAGUGAAUGUGGCCAAUUUUUGGAGGGUUUAAACAGAAAUGUGAAGCUUAUCAUUUUAUAAAAGCACUUGCAUUAAUUCUUCAGUUAAAACUUGGGUAUUAUGCCUGUAAAUUUGUUUAAAGUGUAAUUUUUACUGGUUUUAGGGUUUGUUGACAUUGUCAUGGUGACAAAGUUGUAAAAAUGGCUAUAACUUUACACAGAAAAGGUUAGUAUGUGAUUUUAUCACACUAAAAUAAUUUUUUCAUGCAUAUCCUUUGCCUUAUGGCUAUACUUUUGAAACCAUGAGUAUUUUAAUGUUCAUAAAUUGUCCCCCAUUCACUUCCAUUUUAAGUGCCUCACUGGAACCAAGAUUUUUGCUUUUUUUAGAGAAAAGGAGGAACGAGUCAGAAUAAACGUUUGUGGUAAUCAACAUUAUGCCACAAAU